AUGGUGGUGAAUAUUUUGGUUAUUGGUUACGUCAGGUGUGAUAUCAAUUGGAACGGAAAUAACUGGGCUAGUGCAUGUGAUUUUCGUGGAAAGGAUCUGUCUAAUGUGCAAACUGCAUCUAAUCUUUGUGGUGGAAAAUGUCUUGAAACUGUAGGAUGCACUCAUUUUACAUGGACUUCGUACAAUAGUGGCACUUGUUGGAUGAAAUAUGGUGUUGUUUCCAAAAGUGAUGCUUUCACAACCGAUGAUACAACGAUGAUCUGUGGUGUAAACAAUGGAGACCCGAAUAGUGGUCGCAAACCUAUUCGAGGUGUCAAUUUAGGUGGAUGGCUUGUUGCCGAACAUUGGAUGACGAUAGGAUCGCCAGCCUGGAGUGGAGUUUCGGACGACACUGCUAAUAAGGGCGAAUAUCAAACAAUGCAAUAUCUAGGUCAUUCCAAAGGUGAUUAUCAAUUCAGACAGCAUCGUGAUUCAUUCAUCACUGAACAAGACUUUCGCGAUAUCGCUGUUGCCAGAAUGAACACUGUUCGAAUUCCUGUUGGAUAUUGGAUUACUGGCUUUGAUAAUAGUGGUGGUGGGGAUCCAAAUGCAUGGCAAAUGUUUGCUCCCAAUGCAAUCGGUUAUCUUGAUCGAGCUAUUCGAGAAUGGGCACCGCGAUACAAUCUGCUUGUAUUAAUUUCAUUUCAUGCUGCCAAAGGUAGUCAGAAUGGAAUGGAUCAUAGUGCACCAUCUGAUCCAGGCAACUCACAUUGGGGAAAUUAUCCGGAGAACGUUCGAAACACCUUAGAUGCUGUCGAAUGGUUAGCACGCAGAUAUAAAGAUGAAGCAGCAUUUCUUGGUAUUGGUCUACUCAACGAACCAUCGGGUACAACUCCUGAGAGUGUAUUGAAACAAUACUACUAUGAUGCUUAUGGACGUAUUCGUCUCUUCUCCGAUUGCCUUCUAAGUAUUUCUCCUUUACUCAGACAGCAGGGACCUUAUGACAGCGAUUGGAAUAAUUUCAUGCGAUGGCCCUCUUUUUACAAUCUUCGUCAUGAAUGGCAUCGUUAUCAAAUUUGGGGUUUUGAAGGUUGGGACGAGAAUCGACUGAUUGCCUAUGCACAGAAUGAAUUAAAGAACGGUAUAAGUCAAUGGACAGGUAACUGGAUAUUCAUUGGCGAAUGGUGCAUUGCAUCGUCGGCUGCGUUUAGCAAUGAUGAUGAUCUACAUCGUUUUGCUGACGCACAACUCGCAGCAUUCAAUAGUGCUCCCGGCGGAUGGACCUUUUGGACAUGGAAAUUCUACAACGAUGAUGGCUCACGCAAUGGAUGGAGCCUGAAAAGCAUGAUCAACCGAGGUUUCAUUCGAGUUUAA